AUGGAGACUUGGGUAAUAAUCAUCAUAGCUAUUGCUUCUUGUGUUGGUGCUUUGAUAUUUAUUGUAGCCUUGGCUGGAGGAGGGGUCAAAGGUGGGGGUGGUGAUGACGGAGGAGGCGGAGGCGGAAGCGGAGGAGAUGGAGGUUUAAGAUGUGGUGGUUAUUCUGGGGGUCAUGGAGGGUAUUGGAAUAGUGGUGGCAGAGGUGGCGGCUGGUUUGGUGGUGGUGGAGGUUUUGGAGGCGGGGACGGUGGUGGGGGUUUUGGUGGUGGCGGUGGUGAUGUAGGUGGAGGCGGAGAGGCGGAGGCGGAGGCGGAGGAGGUUGCUGAGCAUCGGUGUGACAUACCAUUUUAG